ACAAAUCCAAAGGAAGCAGCUCCGGUUCCCUCCUCCCCCUCCUCUCCCACCUCAUCGUCUUCCUCCACCGUGCCGGCCAGCCCAGACGUACACGACGGAUACGACGUAACAGCCUUCUCCCCACUCCCCCGACCGGUCUCGUCGCAGCGGAGCACCGCGGGGUUGAUUCCGUACGCUCGCCGAUGACCACCUCGUCCUCCGGGAGCAUCGAAGCACCGGCGAACUCGAGGCCCGGCUCGUUCGCGUUCGCGAGCACGAGCACGAGCACGAGCACGAGCUUCACGGACAUGCUGGGAGGAUCCACGGACGCGGCCGGUGGGGCGUCGAGGUACAAGGCCAUGACCCCGCCGUCCCUGCCCCUGUCGCCGUCGUCCUUCUUCAGUAACAACCCCGGCGGCCUCAACCCCGCCGACUUCCUCGACUCGCCGGCCCUCUUCAGCUCCAGUAUCUUCACCUCGCCGACGACGAACGCAUUCGCCUCGCAGCAGUUCAGCUGGUUGGCGACGUCGGGCGCGGAGCAAAGCGGCAAGGACGAGAGGAGGCCGUCGUCGUACCCGGACUUCUCGUUCCAGACAGCGCCGACGACCGAAGAGGCCGUGCGGACGACGACAACCUUCCAGCCACCGAUUCCAGCGGCCUCACUGGGUGAAGAGGCGUAUAGAAGUCAGCAGCAGCAGCCAUGGGCCUACCAGCAGCAGCAACCUGGCAUGGACGCCGGAUCCAGUCAGCAGGCUGCUCCCUACGGCGAGCCGUUCCAGGCUGCCUCGUCGGACGCCGCCACGAUGGCGCCGCACGUGCCGGCGAGCGGCGGGUACAGCCACCAAGCGCAGCAGUCGCAAAGGCAGUCGUCGGACGACGGGUACAACUGGCGCAAGUACGGGCAGAAGCAGAUGAAGGGGAGCGAGAACCCGCGCAGCUACUACAAGUGCACAUUCCCGGGCUGCCCCACCAAGAAGAAGGUGGAGCGGUCUCUGGACGGCCAGAUCACCGAGAUCGUGUACAGGGGCACGCACAACCACGCCAAGCCGCAGAACACGCGCAGGAACUCGAGCGCGGCCGCGCAGCUGCUGCAAAGCGGCGGCGGCGACGCGUCCGAGCACUCGUUCGGCGGGAUGCUGGGCACGCCCGUCGCGACGCCCGAGAACUCCUCCGCGUCGUUCGGGGACGAGGAGGCCGGCGUGGGCUCGCCGCGGGCAGGCGGGAACGCCGGUGGCGACGAGGACGAGCCGGAUUCCAAGAGAUGGAGGAAAGACGGUGACGGCGUCGGCGAGGGUAUCUCCAUGGCCGCCAACCGGACGGUGCGUGAGCCGAGGGUCGUGGUCCAAACCAUGAGCGACAUCGACAUCCUCGAUGACGGCUACCGGUGGAGGAAGUACGGGCAGAAGGUGGUGAAGGGAAAUCCAAACCCAAGGAGCUACUACAAGUGCACGACGCCCGGGUGCCCGGUGCGCAAGCACGUGGAGCGCGCGUGCCACGACCUGCGCGCCGUGAUCACCACGUACGAGGGCAAGCACAACCACGACGUGCCCGCCGCGCGGGGCAGCGCCGCGCUCUACCGGCCCGCGCCGCCGCCGGGGGACAACGCCGGCCACUACCUCGGCGGCGCGGCUGGCGCGGCGCAGACGGGCAUGGCCUACCAGCUGGCGGGGCAGCAGUACGGGUUCGGCGGGCAGUUGGGCUCGUUCGGCCUCAGCGGCGGCGCGCCGGCUCAGAGCAGCGGCCCCAGCGGGAGCCUCGCGUUAUCCUCCGGCUUCGACAACCCGAUGCCGAUGGGUUCUUUGUACAUGAGCCAGAGCCAGCAGCAGGGGCAGCACGACGCCAUGCACGCGCCGAGAGCCAAGGAGGAGCCCCGAGAGGAGGACAUGUUUUUCCAGCAGUCCAUGGUGUACACUGACUGAGGACUGAGGACAUUGCAGAACAUGGCAAGGCAUAUGACGUGAUGUCCAUAGACUGUUUCUUUUACUUUUGCAUAGGAGGGUGGUUGUUGUACCGUAUCUGGGCAGGGUUGGACAGAUUUAUUUAUUUGUUUGGAGGCCUCCAUGUUGGCAGCGAUGCCUGCCGCAAGGGUGUCUCCCUUGAUACGUGGACGAGAAAGCAUGGAUAUAGGACACUAGAGUCUAGGACACAUAGCAAUACAUAUUGGACAAAAAGGGUAAGAAGUUUUGUUCCUCGAUUUAUCCAUCUCUGGUACAUAUGCUUGUCUGUAACUAACCAUAAAUUAAUGUGACCUCACGGUUCUCA